GUCUCUAAUUUUAUUGUAAGAGGCAAUCACUAAACAAAUAACGAGAAUAAUGCGAUUUUUAAUUGCAUUAACCCUUUUGGUUUCGUUGGCAGGAAUCCAUGGAGCUGUAGUGAACGGAACCACGGCUUAUGGGAACAGAAACAAUGUGCUCGGCACUGUGGAUGGCAAUGGCAAUGUCAUCAACAAUGGACAGGUAGUCGGACACGUCAACCCAAACAACUCGAGACAAGUUUUGGACAACUCGGGUAAUGUGAUCGGGACUUUGGGUUAUAACGACAACCAAAUAGCUUACGACGGAAACGGCAACCAAAUCGGAGUCGUGGACGCGUGCGACCACGUCUGGAGUAACGGACAGGACAUCGGAUAUCUUGGUGCUGACAAUAAGACUGUAUAUGCCAAUGGCAGUAACCAGCAAAUUGGUAGCCUAAGGACCCCCUACUAUACCGGUGAUGGAGUAUAUGAUGCCAAUGGUAAUCUUGUGGGAACAGUAGGUAAUGACAACAACACAGUCUAUAACUCAAGCGGUCAGAAGAUCGGAACCCUGGACGGCAACGGAGUGAACGUUCGCGACGGCAAUAACAAUGUCAUCAGUGGUUGGCAAAGACGAAACAAAGACCGAAAUGGUUGCGGGACAACCGGUGGAAACACUGGAAACACUGGAAACACUGGAAACACUGGAAAUACUGGAAACACUGGAAACACCGGAAACACUGGAAACACAGGAAACACAGGAAGCACUGGAAACACUGGAAAUUAUGUGUACAAUAAUGGACAGCCUGUAGGAUAUGUUGGAACCAAUGGUCAGAUCUAUAACUUCAAUAACCAACCGAUCGGAUACUUAGACAGCGAUGGAAACACCGCUCGUUAUUACAACACAAAUCAGGUGAUCGGUUACAGAAAUGGGAAUGGCGCCAACACUGGCACCGGUACUAAUGGCGCUGGUAAUACAGGAACCGGUAGUCAAGUGGUGUCCAACCUGUUGGUGGUGUUGUACCGGUUGGUGGAGUACAACCUGUUGGUGGUGUUGUACCUGUUGGUGGAGUACAAUCUGUUGUACCGGUUGGUGGUAUCCAGUCAGUUGGUAAUUACCCUGAUGAGUGCCACACAAUCAUCAGGGUUUGCAUCCAUUGGAUUAGAUGCACCGCAAUCCUCGUCAUCAAACCCGUCAUCAAACCCGUCAUCAAACCCGUCAUCAAACCCGUCAUCAGCCACAGCAUCGCCCGAAGACUUGCUUCGGGACAGCACUGCAUCGGAGCCGCAGAAGUUGGUCAACAAGAAGGUGAUUCGGGUGACCAAGAAGUACCUCAUAAUCACCGACCACUUUAACGACCACAUCUGCACUCAUAUAAUCAAACCGCGAAGACAUCGGCGCCUGAAAAAUGGUCGCAAAGACGUGUGCACACAGACGAGCGCCCGCUGGGGAUCCAUUGAUAUCCACCAAAUGGACAAUCACUCCGAUAUCAAGAUCAUCGCCUAUGAGAUGUUCAACACGUUUGAGACGCUCAAGAAGCAGAUCAGUGUCUCCCGGCUUAAGACACGUCAGUGGAAGCGUUUGAUGGACACCGCGGAACAGAGACAUCGCAAACGAAAACUGAGAUAUAUGUCAAACAACUGGUGCACUGUCUGUAUGGCUGAGGCGGUCGAUGGCUUUUAUGUGGAGGGAUCUGAUCGUCACUUCUGUGGCGGUCAGUGUUUCCGGCAGUGGAUGAGUGAACACCCGGACGAAUGGCCAGAACCUGAGGAAUCAGAAGAGCCCGAAGAACCAGAAGAACCUAAAGAGUCAGAAGUGGAUGAAUUAGAGAUCGAGGAAUAG